AUGUCCAUUUUGAAACGUUCUCUAUGUUCAUGGUCUUCCAAGGCUUUGAACGUUGCUAACCGCAGCGUUACUGGUACUCAUCGUAAUUUGACCUCUUCCGUCAUGAUGGCCAUGAAUCAAUCAUCAUUAAAUUUUGGAGUUUUUACAACCUAUAACAACCACCGAAGAGAAUUUUCUAUCAAUCAUCAUCAAAGACUCCUUCCACCAACAACACCACAAGAAGAUAAGUCUUCCGAUAAAUCAAAGCAAGGAAACACAAAAAUCAAGGCUCUUGUAGUAAUUUUAGCAGGAGCUGCCUCCAUUCUCGUGGCAUCUAGUAUGCUCGCUGAUGAUGUUAAAGCAGAAGAACAAGCAACAGCAGAAAUCGGAAAUCCACAAAGCACAGUACGUGAUGAGGAAUCUAAAAACCGAUAUGAAAUUGAAGAUGGUAUCAAUAUUUUGAGAGAAAUUCUGAAGGGAAAGGAUAAGAGCCAAUAUAGCAUUACCCUCUACCAAUAUCAAGUAUGUCCUUUCUGUUGCAAGGUGAGAGCUUUCUUGGAUUACAAUGAAAUUCCAUACAAAAUUGUAGAAGUUAAUCCAUUGUUCAAAUCAGAAAUUAAGUUUUCCAAAGACUACAAAAAGGUACCGAUUGUAGUGGUUGAAGGACUUUUAAAUAAUCAAUUGAAUGACUCAUCUAGAAUUAUUACACACCUUAAUGAUGUUGUUGACACAUCUGGAAAGAUGAACACAGCAGACGUUGUAAAGUGGAGAAAAUGGGUGGAUGACACUUUUGUACACACUCUCGCUCCCAAUAUUUACAGAUCCAAUGAAGAAGCAGUAGAAGCAUUUGAAUAUAUUUCAGAGCAAAAUGGUUUUGGAUGGUGGCAAAAACAAGCCGUUCUGUACGGAGGAUCGUUCACAAUGUAUGCUGUUGCAAAGAGACUCAAAAAGAAAUAUGGAAUUGAUAACGAAAGAGAAGCCAUUUACGCAUGUGGAAAAAAGUGGGUCAAUGAAGCACUUGAUUCUUCAAAAGGACCAUUUCAUGGAGGAAACGAACCAGAUCUUGCAGAUCUUGCUGUGUAUGGAAUUUUGAGCUCAAUAGAAGGACUAAGAACAUUUAACGAUUUGAGUAAGGAAGUUCCACAAAUUGGUGUUUGGUAUCACACCAUGAAAAAUGUUGUCAACUCCCACAAGCAAAAUAAGCAAAACAAGGCAAAUUAA